GCCGGCCGUACCCGGGAGGAGGAGGCCCCUAGGCAGCAGCCAUGGCGCCCAGCCGGAAUGGCAUGAUCCUGAAGCCGCACUUCCACAAGGACUGGCAGCGGCGCGUGGCCACGUGGUUCAACCAGCCGGCGCGUAAGAUCCGCAGGCGCAAGGCCCGGCAGGCCAAGGCGCGGCGCAUCGCCCCGCGGCCGGCGUGCGGCCCGGUCCGGCCCGUCGUGCGCUGCCCCACCGUCAGGUACCACACCCGCGUGCGCGCCGGCAGGGGCUUCAGCCUGGAGGAGCUGCGGGUGGCCGGCAUCCACAAGAAGGUGGCCCGGACCAUCGGGAUCUCGGUGGACCCCAGGAGGCGGAACAAGUCCACCGAGUCCCUGCAGGCCAACGUGCAGCGGCUGAAGGAGUACCGCUCCAAGCUCAUCCUCUUCCCCAGGAGGCCCUCGGCCCCCAAGAAGGGGGACAGCUCGGCGGAAGAACUCAAAUUGGCCACCCAGCUGACAGGACCGGUUAUGCCUAUACGGAACGUCUACAAGAAGGAGAAAGCCAGAGUCAUCACGGACGAGGAGAAGAACUUCAAGGCCUUCGCCAGUCUCCGCAUGGCCCGCGCCAACGCCCGGCUCUUCGGCAUCCGGGCAAAAAGGGCCAAGGAGGCCGCAGAGCAGGAUGUGGAAAAGAAAAAAUAAAGCCUUGUCGGCAACUUGCGAUAAAUCUGCGGUCUCCACGUGACAUCCGUCUGAGGAACGGGCUGUGGCCUGGGGAGAUGUUUUGUUGUAAGGGGAGCCUGCAGGCCUGGCAGGGGACGAAGGUGUUCCUGCAGGGGAGCCCGGAGACUGGAUUGCAUCUUGCUUUUUGUAUUUCCGAACCGUUUGAUUAGUUGUUGGUUGAAUAAUUUAAUAGCUUUUUUUCUGGGAAGGUUCCAAUGCCUAAUGUUAAGUAAAGUUGUCUAUUUUAA